AGCUGGGCUGAGCAGCGAGCGGGUUGCACCAUUCUGUAGUACUCUACGGUUUGCCAUCCAGAAGUUUUAAGGGAUCCAACUCCAGUCUGUGGGGCGGGGGGGGGCGGGGUGAAGUUUAAGCAGAGAAACUUUUUUAAAAGGGGGAAGACAGAGCUUUGGAGUUGCCUCACAGCGAGUGGGGCUGGAGUGGUCAUGCCAGGCAGGGCCCGUUGCUGAUUUUUAUGGAGCGAAGCUGAUCGAAAGGACAUUAUUUGGGGAGGAAAAGCACUGCUGCUGCUGUGCUUUCUCAUCACUGAGCGCUCGAACCAACAGCCAACAUUAAUCAUGUACACCAGCAUCUUGUCUGCAUGCUUUGCAUUCCAUCUCCUUCUUCUGGGACAAAGUGGAGGGGCUCUGAACAUCCUGGUGCCAGAAUUCCCAGUGCUGGGCAUUUUCGGGGAGGACAUCACCCUGAACUGCUCGUUCCUGACGGACGGCAAUUUCUCCCUGUCGGACCUCAGCGUGAUAUGGCAGCUGACGGAAACCAAGAGGAUGGUGCACAGCUACGCGGCCCAGCGUGACCAGCAGGUGGACCAGGCCAGCAGCUUUACGAACAGGACGUCUCUCUUUCACACUGAGCUGCAGAGGGGGAAUGCCUCGUUGCUCCUGAGGCAGGUUCAAAUCCAGGACGAGGGCAGCUUCACCUGCUUCGUUCGAAUCAACGAUUACAACAGCGCCCCCAUCAUGCUGCAAGUGGCAGCUCCGUACUCCAAGCCAAACCUCCAUUUGGAGCCAAAUAAAAACCUGAAGCCCGGGGACCGGGUCAGCAUUGGCUGUCACUCGGCGGGCGGCUACCCUCAGGCCAUCGUGGUGUGGCACGACGGGAGGGGAAACAACCUCACGGCCAAUGUCACCACCUCCCAAGUGGCCAACGAAGAGGGUCUCUUCCAGAUCAGCAGCGUGAUCAGCGUCACGCUGGAACCCAACAGCACGUACACCUGCAUCGUAAGGAACCAGCUCCUGAACGAGGAGACACAGGCCUCAGCCACCAUUACAGGGCAGCACCUACGAUUCCCUGCUGUGGCCUUGUGGUUGACAAUUGGCCUCUCUAUCUGUCUGCUGGGACUUCUUGGGGCUCUCGGCUACGUGUGCAGACGGAAAAUCCAACAGAGUUGCAAAGAAGACAAUGCAGAAGCUGAGGAAGAGGAGGCAGAAGCAAGGACAGCAAUGAAGCCACUGGAAAGUACUGAAGAUAAAGAAGGAGACGAAGAAGUAAUUGAAUGACAAGAAAGCGGAGCCCGAAUCGAGCCGAGAGCCAUUGCCACGAGGGCUUGACCAUUUUGUCUUCUGAAAAAUUGGACUGCAGCCGUCGAAUACAAACCCACUGAGCGGGGCCAGAAGGCUGAGAUCAGUCACACAGCCAGACCUGACACCACUGCAAUAAAAUGCCAAACUGUUGAACUCCAUCCUCCUGGGAAUCGUUACACCUCACUGCUGAAGGCUAAUCUGAUGUAAAAAUGUUGAGCGUGGGUGUGUGAUGGAUAUCCUCUGCGGAAAAUUUACUCAAAAUGGUAUUUGUGUAAACUUACGCAGAAGGAAUUCAGCACACACAUAAACGCACGGAUUCUUUCGUGGCCUGUCUAUUGCCUGCUAGGAAACCACUGAAAAGAUCUUUCAGAAUGUAAAACAUCGCAAAUCUAAUCCUUCUGCUGGGAUUUUUCUCUCUCUCUCUCUCUAUAGAAUUGCCUUUUUUUUAAAUCAAUGUGAACUGCACUUGUUGAUUGUAGACAUGUGCAGGUGACAUGUAACCAGCUGUUAGCUUUCCAAACAUACACUGCCUCUCAAUCCUAAUCGUUUACUUCGCGUACAUUAAACCACAGCUGUCUUCCCUCACCCUUUUUCGGUAUUAUUCCGUUAUGCGUACUGCCUCUGGCGGCUUGCACCAUAAUAAUAAUAACCCUCACAUUUGAUAUAGCGCCUUA